AUGCCUGAAUCGGGUAAACAAUGUGAAUCUACCCACAUUCAAACUCGAAAUUCUCGUCAUCCACUGCUAUGCACUGAAUGUCAUAAACGAUUUCAAACGGUGCAGGAAUUAUAUUUACAUUCGGAAAUAUGCAUUAUUGAAUCAUUUGAAAAUGAAGCGGUCAAUGUGUUUUCGAAUAUGCCAUCGCUUACAAAAUCAACUGCUGUUUUCGAUGCUACUACACAUGCCGGAAUUACGGCUAAGGGAGAUGAUCCACCAAUAUUGAUACCCGAGACGAAUGCUUCAGCGAGCUCCUCAAGGUUGACAACUCUUUCAUUUUCAGCAAAAUGUAAAGUAGAAUGUUCGCGAUUUAAAAAGACACAGGUAACAGUACCGACAGGAACGACAAAAGCAGUACCUCUUUCAUUCGUUUCUACGUCACACUUGGAGCAACGAUAUUGGUCAUCUUCCGAAAGGCUCCAGAAAAUACCUUUUGAGUUAGAAAAUGCGCGAAUAUUAGAAAGUCCUAGUGGACUGAAAAUUUAUAUAUCGAUUGAAAGAAAGUGUGGGCGAGAAGGCAAUGGAGUUAUUAGUGGAAACGAUGGCUACUAUUAUGGGUCGCAAGGUGCUCUUGGUUCUAAUGCAACCAAUUCUAAAAGGAAAAUAAUUGGGGCACUAGCGAAUACUAACAAUGAUGAUAUUUAUCGGACGAAAAUGGAAUGUCCUGCAUGUGGUCUGAUACUUUAUAGGCAUAAUUUUGGUACCCAUUAUCGGAUACAUACUGGUGAAUUGCCUUUUAUUUGUACAUACUGUCAAAAACGAUUCCGAACAACAUCUGCGUUGAAAGUUCACAUCAGAGCACACACAGGUGAAAAGCCGUAUUCAUGUCCAAAAUGUUCAUAUUGCUGCAUUACUAAACGUAAUCUUGACCGUCAUAUUACUAACAAUCAUGUUAGAGAAGGAGAAAGGCGAGGACCACGAGAACGAAGAUCACGAUAUAGGAAAGAUGAGUUUAUCGUUACCACUGAUGAUAUUGAAAUGGGUACCGUUGAAGAAAGUGAAAAAAUAGACCACCAUUAUGUUAUCUCUCCGGUAGAAAUAGAAAAUAAAAAUGUGGUGGAAGAGAAAACGAAUGAUGAAAUGCAAGGCCGUGAUGAUAACAGACAAUCAGUUGAUAUGCCCGUUCUUCCUUUGCUUACUUUAUAG